AUGACUCCUGACAGAUCCCCAGCCUCAUCUCCACCAAGAAAAUCCGUAGAUCAUAGGAGCUACAGUCACAGCAACCUACUUCGCUCCCCAUUACGUCACUCUCACCGCUCAGCCACAGGCAUUUCAACAUGCCACGGCAAAGUUUCACCGAGACGACAGACUCCGCGCCCACGAACUGAGGACGACAUCAGCAACUGGACUGUCACCCGCCUCCGACAAUCCCUGAAAGCAAGAGGCAUUCCACCCCACCGCAACGACAACAAAGCAAGGCUAUUCCUACUCUACAAUUCCACAACAAACACUGCUGCUGCAGCAGCAGUAAAUCCUGCGCUUCCUGCUUCCCCGCCACAGUCAAUCACGGCCAGUCACAUCAGGAGUGACAUCAUCGAGCAGCUCCCUCAACCACAGCCCGCCUCAUCGACUCCCCCUGGCUGGGACCAGGUCGUAUCACCCCCUGUGCAUGCUCCCUCUGUGUCUGACUUCUCUCAAGCUAUCACAGCUUUCUUCACUUCCCUGUGUUCGCAGGCUGCACCAAAUCCCCGUGCACAUACAUCCUUUCAUCCCAACCUCCCUUUCUCCUCUCUCCCUUCAGCCUCAAACAACAAUACAGCUUCUGUUCCCCCUCUUCCCACCAUAGCCAGUUCCUCAGCUCUCCAAGGAACCCCUCCAGUAAUUCAUAACACUGGCUAUUCUCAACCCCCCCUUUCCUACUGAUCUAUCCUAUCAACCCUCCGUCCCCAUCCCAACCCCCUCCCUUCCCCAACACCCAAAUGUAUUUCCACCUCCUGUACAUAAUUACACACUAGCCACAACUGCUCCACCAAUUCAAGCAGCCUCAUCUAUCAACCGUCCUUCACCCGUUUCACCGGCACUACGCCAACAAAUUCUCUCUGGUAAUUAUGUAGAUCUAGCUCAGCCACUCCACCCAUCCACAACUGACACAAGACAGCCUAGGGAGAUGCAAACCAUUUUCGGUUCAGUUUAGCUCCGCGACCCACUUCCAUCCAGGUCAAAAGAUCUAACACCAGCAGAAUUUGCCUUAGCAUUUCUACUCCGUGACACCAUCUGUUCAGAUUUUCCAUCUCGCAGGUCCGAGCUUGACAAUUAUCUCUCCAUAAUCCCAGACAUGGCCCUGCGUUUUAGCGGCACAGGCUUUUACAGCUACCAUGUGCAUUUCGCUAACCAGGCAGCUGGCCGCAUCCAGCAGUUCAUACAGAACACAUACUGGGGCACACUUGACUCUGAAUUGUAUUGCCGAAUCUUUGCCACCUGCACCUCCCUCUCUUGUGAGCUAUGUGGAACCCCCUCCCACCCUGCCACAGCAAGCAUUGUCAGCGCUCCACCACCUCGUCUACGUUCAUCUUCCUCUCACAACACCACAGUCUUUAACUGCUUGUCAUCUGCUACACCUCCACCUCCAAUCAUACCUAAGCUCUUAGACAUUCGACCCGCCGUCAAUGUCCCCAUGCCAAAAGGAGUACGCAACAAAGGUAGGCCCAUCCUAAACCAAGCCCGAAGGACGGUUUGCAAUAACUUCAACCACCUUGGCUGCACCAUCUCCAACUGUCGCCUCCUACACGUCUGCUCCUUCUGCGGGGGGGCUUAUGCCAGGUGCACCUGCCCACAUAACCCAAUACGCCUGCCGGCUGACUAA